AUGACGUACAAGAUCUUGCACAGGAAAUGGCUGCUGCGGAAAUGGAUGUGGACGCUCAUGCCGCUGGAGCUGGCCGGCCUCGUCCCGCUCCUCGUUCUCUUCGGCAUCGCGCAGCCGGACCUCUACCGGACCAAGCUCUGGGAGGUCGGGCACGCCUACGGCUUCAACUCGAACCCAAAGAUGAUUCUCUACGCCUACGCGAACUAUGAGCCGUACCCCAAGGUCCCCUUCGUAUGGACACGAACACUCACAGACUUCAACGUCGCCAUCUCGGUCAUCACCCUCUUCCUCCUCCUCACCAAACUCGUCGCCUUCAUCAUGAAGUUCUGGUUCCCCCUCCUCGCCGCCGGCAUCAACGUCGCCAUGGUCGCCCUCUACACCGUCUCCGUCUACGGCCAAAUGGGACCCGACCACGCCGACCCGCGCUACCCGUCCUCGAUCGCCUGGUACGUCGCCAAGUCGUGCGACUACGCCCGCCCCUUUAGCGCCUACAAGAGCUGCCAGCUCGCAAAGGGCACCUUUGCCGUCACGGUCUACAUGCUCGCGCUCUACCUCGCCAACUUGGGCAUCGCGCUGUACGUGCUGUGGCCGAACGCGGGCGACAAAGUCGACGGCGACGAGGACGAUGAUGGCAGGGGAAGCAGCGACGGCAGCUCGCCGGUGGAUUAUGCGAAGGAGGGGAGGGAGUGGGAGAUGAGGGAUUGGCAUGCCAAGGGCGGGCCGGCGAGUCCGCGGGUCGGGGUCGUGCCGUACACGCCCAGGACGCAGGCUUUCCAUACGCUUGAUAGGAAGUUGCCGUUGAGGCAGCAAACAUCGCUUCUUCUACAUUCUCUACAGUCUCAGGAGGCGCCGGCUCAUACAUUCGAGAGUAAGAAGGAAAACCCAACUCUUGACUUCGAGAUUACAAGACUCUGGGCUAAUCAGGUCAAUUCCAUCAAAAGCAGAAAGAGUCUGUGUCAAAUUCUUAUGCAUUCCGUCCAAUCGACGAGAAGUGUUUGUUUCCUCGUCACUCCACGUACUCUCCCAAGCAAACCAACCCCUUUUCGGAACUUGCCUUCAAACGACACUUUCGCGGCCCCACGCCUCGAUUCAGAUUUGUUCCACGUCAAGCGGCUGGGAUCAUUCUGA